AUGGUGGGCGGAGGAAGUCUCAAAGUCCGCAGCGCCUACGCUGGUGGCUACAGCGCCGACAUCAAGAAGCGAGUCAAAUGUAUCUUGUGCAAGAAGAUCAAGAUGCAAACCGCAUUUUCCAACAAACAGCUGGAAGACCUCCGCCACGCCAUCUUCACCGAACGGAUCAACGCAACCCUCACCGGAGCCGUGCGCUGCAGAGAGUGCACUGGAUCCCAGCGUUUCGAGCUGCGAUGCUCUAUCUGCGACGUGGUCAAGGGACUCGAUCAGUUUGCCAAGGCCCAGCGUCACAACGGCGAUUUCGCGAGAUGUCUAGACUGCGUGCAGAAUCAUGUCGAAGCCGACCCCGUCGUGGACGAGCAGAAACUCCUGGCUGAUACCGAGCACACCUCGCUCCAUGCGUCCACUGUUGCUGUGAGUCUGAUUGACGCCCCAUCCUACGCCGAGUCGGUGCACGGAAGCGACGACGGAGGUGUGUCGCUCAACCGCGAUGGAUGGAUCGAACAGGAUACCACCAACGCCAGCAGCCGCCACCUUACUCCCUUUGCGAGCUCUGUGCAUAGUGGAUGGGCCUCGCUCGGCAUUGGAAGUGAGAACACUCGUCGCCCUAGCCCCGUGGUCAAAACACCAAGCAUUGUAACUAGGGAAGACUCGCGUUGGGUGAAGAUUCGCAGCAGGGUCAAGGAAGACAGUGUGCCCGUGCACCCCCCUCCCGCGACUACUCAGGCUGUGCCCUACGAAGACGAUGACGAGGAAGAAGCUGGCGUCCAUACUUUCCUGUAG